AUGCAAUCUGAAAGUAGAAAAGAGCUUCUGAUUGACCUUUGUGAUGCUAUCCGUACUGCGAGUACAAAUACGGAAACAGCUGAUUCUGGAAAAAUUGCCGACUUCUGGUUACCUAAAACAAAAGUGUAUGAUGAUUGUUAUCAUGUGGUGAAACAUAUUAUUGAUUAUUAUCCAAAUUUCUUUUGUCAAACGCAUGCCUCGACAUUUCUCUAUCACUCAUCAUUUGCAAUUAAUGCUUAUCAUUAUCAAAAUCACACCGGCAAAUGGUGUCAGCAAAAUUUUAAUCCAAAUCAAAAUGAAAUUGUUAAACACUCUAAAAUACAAUCAGCUGAACAGUCUAAUUCUUGA